CUAUCUCUCUCUACAAAAAAAAAAAAAAAACAAGACAGGUGUUGUUUGGCGAAGACAAAAGAGCAGCCUUUCGGAGAUCUCAAGGGCCUUACGCCCUUGCCCCUUACCCCUCGACGUUUCCGAGGUUUGUUUUUAGGCCCCCGUCAUCACCAUCACCACCUCCUUCAAAACCCAUCUCUUUGAUUCCUCCAAAACAUACUGACUCUUUUAAAACAGAAAGCUGAGAAACUGUUAUCUUUCUAAAAACAUGGCUGCCCUUUCUUCGACGACAUGUCGUUCCAUUUCAUAUUCUCUAACACCAUCAUCUUCUUCUUCUUCUUCUUCACUAUCAAUUAACGGGCAGAAUCAUCAUCAACGACUAAACUUCUCUUCUUGUAUUGCUAAAAGGGUUUUACCUGCUAAGGUCUCUUUUCAUUCUCGAAGAAAUUUUCAUUUAAAUGUGGUUCUCAUGCAAGAUGGUGCAGUGACCACUCCAGUGACCCCAGUUGAAAAUGAGACUCCUUUUAAGAAAUUGAAAGAUGGGUUGUUGUCUUCAGUUCCAUCAACUGAGGAAAUUAAAGAAGCAGCUAGUUUUGAUGUAAAUGAAGAAGAGUCGACUGUCAGUAUCACUGUGGUUGGAGCAUCUGGUGACCUUGCAAAGAAAAAGAUAUUUCCUGCACUUUUUGCUCUUUAUUAUGAGGGUUGUCUCCCGGAGCAUUUUACUAUCUUUGGUUAUGCUCGGAGCAAGAUGACUGAUGCUGAACUUAGAAACAUGGUUAGCAGGACCCUUACAUGCAGAAUUGAUAAGAGGGAGAACUGUGAUGAAAAGAUGGACCAAUUUCUUAAGAGAUGUUUCUACCAUUCUGGUCAAUAUGGUUCUCAGGAAAACUUUGCUGAGUUAGACAAGAAGCUGAAAGAACAUGAGGGUGGGAGAGUUUCUAAUCGCCUCUUUUAUCUUUCAAUUCCUCCAAAUAUAUUUAUAGAUGCGGUGAAAUGUACAAGCUCAUCAGCUUCAUCUAGUAUUGGCUGGACCAGGGUCAUUGUUGAGAAACCCUUUGGCCGAGAUUCAGAUUCCUCGGCUGCUUUGACAAAAGCUCUCAAGCAAUACCUUGAUGAAGAUCAAAUAUUCAGGAUAGACCACUAUCUGGGAAAGGAGCUUGUGGAAAACCUGUCUGUUCUGCGUUUCUCUAAUCUCAUUUUCGAACCCUUGUGGUCAAGGCAGUAUAUCAGAAAUGUACAGUUGAUAUUCUCUGAAGAUUUUGGCACUGAAGGACGUGGAGGGUACUUUGACAAUUAUGGAAUAAUAAGAGAUAUAAUGCAGAACCAUCUGCUUCAAAUACUAGCCCUCUUUGCAAUGGAAACACCUGUCAGUUUGGAUGCAGAAGACAUCAGAAACGAAAAGGUCAAAGUUUUACGAUCGAUGAGGCCUUUACAACUGGAAGAUGUUGUUGUUGGGCAGUACAAGAGUCACAUAAAAGGAGGAGUUACUUACCCAGCAUACACUGAUGACAACACUGUGCCAAAAGGCAGCUUAACUCCAACAUUUGCUGCAGCUGCUCUCUUCAUUGAUAAUGCAAGAUGGGAUGGAGUGCCUUUUCUAAUGAAAGCUGGCAAAGCAUUACAUAAUAAGAGUGCCGAGAUAAGGGUACAGUUCAGGCAUGUGCCUGGCAACUUAUACAACCGGAAUUUUGGAACGGAUCUUGAUCGGGCUACAAACGAGCUUGUUAUUCGAGUGCAACCAGAUGAAGCUAUCUAUCUGAAGAUCAAUAACAAGGUUCCUGGAUUGGGAAUGAGAUUGGACCGUAGCAAUCUACAUCUUCACUACGCGGCAAGAUAUUCAAAAGAGAUUCCAGAUGCAUACGAGAGGCUUCUGCUGGAUGCAAUUGAAGGCGAAAGGAGAUUGUUUAUCAGGAGUGAUGAACUGGAUGCAGCUUGGGCACUCUUCACUCCUGUUCUUAAGGAGCUUGAAGAGAAGAAGAUCAUCCCCGAAUAUUAUCCUUACGGUAGUCGGGGCCCUGUUGGGGCUCACUAUCUUGCAGCAAGAUACAAAGUCAGAUGGGGCGACCUUGGUAUAGAGCAGUAACUCACGGGGAGGUUUUGACGCUUAUAGCGUAGCGGGAUAAGACGAGCCUAUCGCUAUGUGAUUUUGCUGUCAUUUGUUAGGGUGCUGAAAAUGAUUUUCCUUAUCUCUGUGGGUUACGGACGAGCUCUUGUAUUUGAACUCGUGGGAUACAAGGAGCAUACCAGUUACUGGUGCAAGCAAGCAGAAUUUAUCAUUGAAGAAAAGGAAUAUCCUUUUGUGAUUUGAAUCAUCACCUUUUUUUCUUGCGUUGCCAUGUAUUGUUUGUUCUUCAAGAAAAAUAGGAAAAAAGAAAAAACAACACAUUGAUUGUA